AACGACACCUCGCAUCUACGUGCAUCAUUCCAACCGGACAUCGGCGUGUCACUGCAAGCCUUUCGUGUCUAGCCUCAUAACCAUGGGCGGUCCCUCCAAUCGCGAUGAGAGCUUGCUUCACUUCGUCUCUUGUCCCCGCUCACUCACCUGAUACCUAAGCACAGCAAGAAUCGAAUACUUAAAUGCCCUCAAUAGCUCGCAGAUUCUAGUAAGAUUUCACCCUUUAUUGUCCUUCUAGACACCACUAAUAAUGGCUAUCCUUAACCUUCCUCUCACCUCGACUUCCAAUCUCGUGCUGUGGUGCUCUGUAGUGAUUGCCCUCAACUUUCUUCUUCUCUCUAUCUAUCGCGUAUAUCUACACCCUCUCUCUAAAUUCCCUGGACCCAUCCGCUAUAAACUCAGCGGCUGGCCCCUCCUCUGGCAAGCCUACAAAGGAAACCGACACUUAUUCCACCUAAAAGACCACGAGAAAUACGGCCCCAUCGUCCGCAUCAGCCCCUCCACCCUCUCUUUCAAUACCGCCCCCUCCCUGGCCACUAUCUACGGCUCGCGAACUGUCCCCGUAAAAAAAGGCGAAUGGUACAAAACCUUUGAUGUUGCCGCCGGCACCUAUUCUUCGUUCACUGAAACCGAUAAAGCCAUACACGCCACAAAACGACGAUGGGUGUCUCCCGCGUUCUCUGAUCUUUCGCAGAGGGCCAAUGAAACGCUUAUUAUUGAUGUCAUUGAGAGGUUUUGUGAGACGAUAAGACCUAGGAGGAGAGAGGGAGGGGAUAAGGGGGGUUGGGGCGAGAAGUGGAAUGCGAGCGUAUUAACGACGUAUCUAGGGUUCGAUAUUAUGGGGGCGUUGGUGUUUGGAUGUGAUUUUAGGACUGUGCAAGAGGUGGGAUAUAGAGAUCUUGCGGACUCGAUAUUGCCAGCGAGUAAGUUCUUGUAUUGGGUUUCGUAUUUGCCGCUAGCGCCACUCGUGCGACCUUUAUUAAGAACAAAAUUAUUCGAGAUAUUGGGCGGGAGACCAAUUCGAGAUAACAAUCGGUUGAUUGAAUAUGCGAGUGCGCAGGUAGGAGCUAGAGCUAGAGGGACUAGAAAUGAAAGUGGAGAUUGGAGUGGAAAAGUGAACAAGAACGGGAACGACGAAGAAGCGGACACAGAGAGGAUAGACUUCCUAUCCCACCUCAUCAACAAACCAGACCAGAAAUCAGGCUGGAGACCCACGCGCGCAGAUCUCGACACAGAAUGUCUGAAUAUGAUGAACGCCGGCGCAGAUCCAUUUAGCAGCGUUCUUGCCGGUGCCAUAUUCUAUCUCGUACACAACCCGACCGCGCUGCAAAAAGCGACUGCAGAAGUCCGUUCGACAUUUACUUCUCCGAAUGAUAUUCACAGCGGCCCCCUCCUAACCUCAUGCCUUUACCUUUCCGCCUGCAUUGAAGAAACCCUCCGCCUCUGCUCUCCCGUACCCUCUCACCUCCCCCGCACCAUCUUACCCCCUGGUCUAACAAUCCCUCCCUACCCUCUCCCUCUCCCACCUGGCACCGUCGUUGGCGUCCCCUGCUACUCCAUUCACCACAACCCCGUCUACUUCCCCUCCCCCUUCUCCUUCUUGCCUUCCCGCUGGAUUGAAUCCCCCUCUAAUCCUCCCUCGGCCAUCGAAGCCGCGAAAAGCGCCUUCGAGCCCUUUGGUAUUGGUAGCAGGGCUUGUAUUGGCAAGAACAUAGCGUAUUUGCAGUUGAGGCUGACAUUAGCGCAUGUCCUUUGGAGAUUUGACUUGAGGGAGAUUUCAGAUGUGGGAUGCAUUGGGGUUUGGGAGGGAUGGGCCGAUGGUUGAGGUUAAGAUUGCUGAUGAGAGGGUGUGAGUGGAGGGGGAGUAGUAGAGUUUGUGAGAGUGUGGGAGGGAGAGAGAAUAAAUUUUGGCAGAAUAAGCAGGCUGCGAUAGGGAUAUGAUGGACGGAAAGAAGUAGAGCAACACGCGGUCUGCAUUCACGGACGU